AUGAAAAUAGUGGAAUUUCCCCUUUUUCCUGAAGUUCAUCCAAGUAAUUAUCCACAACCAUUAAGAGAUUUAACACUUUAUUACAAAGAAAAAAGAAAUAGGUAUAUAGAUAAGUAUCACAAUAAAGUAAAAAAUAUUGAAUUACUACUAACUCAAUGUGAAAAAGGUCAUUUUGAAAUUAAAGAAUCAAUAAAAUAUGGCACAUGUAGAUCAUGUCAUGAACAUGGAAUAUUUGGUAAGUUGUGUGAAUGUUGUAAAGAAAAAACAUGUUUUAAAUGUUUGAAUGAAAUUUCCAUUGAAACUCAAAAAGAAGAAAGAGUUCAAGAUAAAGAAAAAAUAAAAGUUAUUUUAUGUAAGAACUGUAUGGCAGUAUUUGACUCAAUAAAAGAAAGUAAAUUACUUAUUCAAGUUCUUUCACAAAGUCAUUAUAAUAUAAAAUUAAGAGAUGAUGUAGUUAGUGUUGCUCAAAAAACAAUUGCAGUAAAAAAAAUGUUAAAUAAUGCACAUGACAAAAAUGAAAUAAUUGAAUUAUGUCAUAAUGGUUUAAAAACAAUAAAAGAAAUGCAAAGGUUAAUUGAUAAAAUAAAAAUUGAAAACCAUCAAUUUGAUUCAAAAUCUGAUGCAGUUAUUGCAUCAAAUAUUUUAAGAGCACUUUCUUAUUUUAAUGGAACAUUUGGAUUUUAUUUAAUUGGAGAAAUUGAGAAAACUGAAAAAAGAAUAAACAAACCACUACCAUUACCAAUUAUUACUUCAAUAAAUUGUAGUGUUAUUCCAAUAAAUGGUGGAACAAUUAAAAUUAAAGGCAUUGGAAUUGCAUCAGGAAUUGAAGCAUUUUGUAAACAAAAGAAAAUUAAAAGUGAAUUUAUUAAUGGUUGUUUAUGUCUUUCAAUUCCACAAACUACUUUUCAAGAAAUUGGACAAAGUGUUGCACUAGAGUUAUUUACUUUAGACAAAAGAAAGGUUCCACUUCCUGGAGAUAUUAUUUACUGUGAUUAUUAA